AGGCUGCUACCACAAAAGAAGAAGUAAUGCAUGAGCACAGGGUGAAGUGAGGCCAGAAAAGCUAGGUAGCAAGUGGGCUGAGGUGAACAGAGAAGCCGUAGCUUUCGACGCUUGGCAACUUCCUUUUCUCCCUACAGAAGCUAGAGGACCGACUCGAGGCAGCGGUGAGGACGUGACUGCUAUAGCUUACAGGUCAGGAGGAUACCGGCUGAGGUCAUGGAUCAACACCAGGCCCUUUUCUUCUGCCUGUGCCUUCUGGCUGCUCAAGUUGUCCUAGUAGAAACCCUGCCAGAGAUACUGAACUUGAUGAAGCGCCUUGAGCGGCCCAUAGGCCGGGCCUUGUCUUCCAGAGUGAGGUUUAUCCACUACCUGGAACAGAUGCUGCUCAACGCCAGCUUCCAUGGGCACAACUUGACCUUGCAGACGAACUCCAUCCAGUCUCUGGUCUUCAAGCUGAGCUGUGGCUUUCCUGGUCUCUCCCUGUCCAGUGCCACCCUGACAAAUGUCUCCCAGGCUUGGGCCCCACAUGCCAUGCAGUUUCCUGCUGAGCUGACCAAGAACGCCUGUGUGACCUCCCGGCCUGCUGAGCUCAGACUCAUCUGCGUCUACUUCUUCACCGCACACCUCUUUCAGGACGACCGGAACUCCUCACUGCUCAAUAACUAUGUCCUGGGGGCCCAGCUGGAUCACUGGCCUGUGAACAACCUUCAGAGGCCAGUCAACAUCAGCUUCUGGCACAAUCGGAGUCUGGAAGGGUAUACGGUAACCUGUGUCUUCUGGAAGGAAGGAACCGGCAAGCACAGCUGGGGCGCCUGGAGCCCCGAGGGCUGUUACACGGAGCAGCCCUCGCCCACUCAGGUUCUCUGCCAUUGCAACCACCUCACCUACUUCGCUGUGCUAAUGCAGCUCUCUGGAGAUCCGGUGCCCACUGAGCUGCAGACGCCUCUGGAGUACAUCUCCCUGGUGGGUUGCAGCAUCUCCAUUGUGGCCUCGCUGCUCACCAUAUUACUGAAUGCCCACUCCAGGAAGCAAAGUGACUCCACCACACGCAUCCACAUGAACCUGAAUGGCUCUGUUCUGCUCCUGAAUGUCACCUUCCUUCUGAGCUCCCAGAUGGUCCCUCCCACAGUGCCCAGGUCAGUCUGCAUGGUGCUGGCUGCCACCCUACACUACGCGUUGCUCAGCAGCCUUACCUGGAUGGGCGUCGAAGGCUUCAACCUCUAUCUUCUCCUGGGGCGUGUCUACAAUGUUCACAUCCGCCGGUACUUGCUCAAGCUCUGCGUGCUGGGCUGGGGGUUUCCAGCCCUCUUGGUGCUGCUUCUUCUGAUGAUCAAGAGCUCAGUGUAUGGACCCUGUGUGAUCUCUUUCUCCAAAAGUCAGGAAAAUGGUACCGACUUCCAGAAUGUGUCCAUGUGCUGGGUACGCAGUCCCAUGGUACACAGCAUCCUGGUCAUGGGCUAUGGUGGCCUCACAUCUCUCUUUAACCUGGUGGUGCUGGCCUGGGCUCUGUGGAUCUUGUGCAGGCUACGGGCACGGGAGAAGGCACUGAGUCCCUGGGUCUAUCGGGACAUUGUUAUGGUGUUGGGUCUCACUGUGCUACUGGGCACCAGCUGGUCCCUGGCCUUCUUCUCCUUCGGCGUGUUCCUGCUGCCCCAGGUCUUCCUCUUCACCAUCUUCAACUCGCUCUAUGGUUUCUUCCUCUUCCUGUGGUUCUGCUCACAGAAGCGUUACUCGGACGCGGAAGCCAAGGCAGUGAUGGAGGCAGUCAGCUUCUCCCAGAUGACACACUAACCCAUCUCCUGCCCUGUAGUUUCAGCCUUCACUAUUUCCAGCAGCCCUUGGCCUUGGCUCAUCCAGGGAAGGUGGUAGGCUGGUGGCGGGACAACAGAGUCUACUGUACCCUUGGGGGACCCUUUCCAUCUCCCAGAACUACCUGGGGCUGACGGCAGUGUGUGACUCUUCAUCUUGGUCCUUCGUGUCUGGAUGCGACUCCAUUGGCCAGGCUAUGGACCGAGCUCUAACUCGGAAGUCAGGAAUCUACACUAGGCUGGACCACACUUUGCACCCUGCUCCGCACUUACAGGAUUGUGGCCUGUGCUUGGAGCCACUCUUUCUUUUACCAGUCCCAGGUGUUGAUGACCUCAACUUUCUAUCUUUCCAAGGGUCAGGGAACCCAGCCCUUCCUCCUUGUUUUAACCACCACAGAUGGUAUAGACCAGCAGUCAAGGCCAGGCUUUUGUCUCUUUCCCUGAAGCUGAGCCAGCUGGGCUUGAGGGAUCUAGAUGCUAGACUAUUGGGUAUACAUGGGGGGCGGGGGGUGUUCACCAUUUACAAACUCUCUGCCCACAGUGGGCAAACAUCUGCGCUGCCUGUCAGACCAGGUGAGAAACAAUGCUCGUUAAGUCAGCGCUGUCUCCAGGAUGGACAGCAGGGGGCGCUGUUGGCCUGUACGCCAAGGCAUUGGUGCCAAAACUGCCCCUGGAAAUGCAGAUGUUAUCUGUGGGAGGACAACCCCUCACACAGUAGGCGAGUAGGGACUCCCGGAUCACACAUCCAUUGUCUCCUUCCCUAUGCAUCUGACCAAGGUCCCUUUUGGGGGCUUUGUGCCCAGGCCUUCCUGGCACCAGGUUGGGUCCCACGCCAGCCGUUAGACACAUGUACUUGAACAGUAAGGGAAUCAGAGCUGGAUGCCACCCUCUGCAGAGGAUGCUCUGCCUUUCUGGGUAAUUAUGUCUUAGCUCUUUACUGGCUGGAGAGAAUGGUCCAGGCUCUGGGCCAGGUUGCCUGGGCUCAGAUUCUAGCUCUAUGGCUGUGGCCAAGUUGUCCGGCCUCUCCGUGCCUUAUUUCCCCAUCUACAGCAGGGACGACAGUAGUAAGGUUUCGGAAUAUUCAGUAAAAGAAAGGAUCCACUCAAGUCCUACCACAGCGAGGUCUCGACAGAUGGUUACUGCUGUCAGU